GUCACUCUUCAUUCCUGGCCAGAACAUCCACACGAAACUCACCCCGAAAUCCGGGACGAAAUUCUCCAGGACACUCCGGGCCCAUCCUGUCGUUUUCCGAACGAAAUCCGCUCGGCGAUGUUGGCGCCAUGGUAAUUAGGCCCGCCGGGAGCACCACACACAUCGAAGCCGCUGACAGACAGCAGAAGAGACGACUUUCGUCGGCAGAGACGCGCCGGGACCUUACCACCGAGCGCUGGAAAAUCACCACCGACACGUUGGAAAACAGCGGGUCCCAGAAUUCAUACAUGCAAGAUGGACAUAGCCAGAGCACAAUGUAUUACGAGUGAAACAUCUCACUGCACACCGCCCUUGGGCAAAACAUAACGGAGAACACACGGCACGGAAGCCCAGCACAACAAACAAGCGGUCGAGCCCGGCCUCCGCCCGAGUGACCGGGUGGCUAGAUCCGACCCUCUUGAGGCGUGGUCGGGCGACUUGCGUCCUGGCAACCCUGAUGUCCGCUGCUUUAGCACGAAUCUACAACUAGAGGCGGGAAGCCGAGAGCUCCCAGCAGUCGAGGAGGGGCAUUCCCCUGCUCCACUACGCGGAGGGCGUCGAAAAAGAACAGCUCCAAAAAUAGUUUGCGCUCUGGGCCGGGGGGGGGGGCGCGCGCCCGUGCCGUGCUGAGCGCCAGCGCCCCCCCCCCCCCCAGCCAGCCGGGGUGGCAUGUAUGUACAUGGCGGGGAGGCCCGCACACCCUCCGCCGCCGGCGCGGCGGUCGCGGAGGGCCUUCGCUGCGCGCACCUGUCCAGGCACGGCAACGAGCAGGGCGUCCCGAAUGGGUCCUGGCCGCCCUCGCGGAGCCAGGGCACGUGGGAACACGCGCGAGACAACGACAACGCUGCAAAAGGGGAGAGGGGGGCGCCCGGCUCUCAGCCGCCUUCGAACCAGGGCGAUGGAAGCACGCUAGAUCACAGCGCGCUGCGAAAGAGGGGGCGGAGGACGGGAGCGGAAGAAAGGGUGAGCAAAAGGGAAAACGGCGCGCUCCCGCCGGGGGCCUGGCCUCGAACCAACUACUUUGGAUUCUGGACAGACAGCGCAGCACCGCAGCGAGGAGUAGACGGAGGAAGGACCGCCCGAGCGAAGUGACCCCACCGCCCUCCGCCGGCACUGGUGCCAGCUCAUCGCCGCUCAGGGCCCCCAUCUGGGCCGCUGGGAGGCCCGCGGUCUGAAGGGCCGCGACCCCGCCGCCCCCGCCCGCUUGCUACAGCUCGGGCCAAUCGUCCCUGGCGGUCUGCUCCCCCGGGCCGCCCUCCAGCACGCGGACCGUCAGUGCGGCGCCGG